AUGGAUCCAUCGGACAGCCACUGUAUAAUGUGCAACAGACCGAACAACGCCAAUAAUCUGGUCCAGUGUGACCGCUGUGACGGGUACGUACAUUAUUCGUGCGCGGACGUGGGAGACUCGAUUGCCGAUCCCGAUCGGAGUUUCACCUGCAAGAGGUGCGUCGAGAGCGAUGAAGUCGUCACUGUUUCAUCCCACCGCACGAGCCGCAGCUCCCGGCGAACGUCACAUAGUAGUAGCAGCUCAGCACGGGUGGCUCUGCGGCUGCAACAGCUUGAGAAGGAGAAACAAAACCGUCUCAGGGAACUCGAAGACGCCGAGAAGUUUCAGCGACUGCGGCGUCAGGUCGAGGAGGAUUUCGAGAAGCAACAGUUUGCCAUACUAGACGCACAACUGCAGGAUGAGGAUGAACUUCGCAGCGUCAAGAGCAGGGUGAGUUCCAGGCAAAUCCGCGAUAGUACCAGGAAGUGGGUCGGUGCAUCGAGUCAGACAGAUGGAGUGAACAGUCAAGUAGCUACCACGUCGGCUCAAAUCGUAUCCACAAGGCCAGAUGGAACCCUGCGUAGUCCAGCAGAUGAAGCCGAAGACCAAAACGCAUCAACAGUUGUCCCCGAAGAAGUGCUGCAAUACGCAUCGGCCGAAGGCGGCCAAGAAAUUGAAUCGAACAUGACGACGAGCGUCAGCAACGUUCUUGCAGAGCAGCGGUUUCGUUCUACGGAAUUCACAGUAGCAGCCCAAGAACCUAUGUCCCACCAUGGCACGGAGGUGGACACGUCCGCCGGGGCUAUUCCGUCAUCCCGCAAGCAUACUGGAGUGUUUGUUACUGGUGAACUGGAGUCCGAAGAACGGGUACCGCAGAAGGCAAGAGCAGCCCAUACGAGGACCAACGCAGGUAUGACGUCACGCGCUGGUGGUGUACGAGGUGCGUCACCUACCGGUUCAGCCGCGAUGCAACCGUUUCCCGGUCAGAAUCAGUUGAGUGUUCCGAAAUCGUCCGUCGGUGUGCCCGGUCACAGUAGUGAAGUGAAUCGUUUGUUUGUGCCUCCGGUGGGACAACAACAGUACAGUGUGCCCGAUCGUCAAGAAGUACAACCACCGUCCGGUCGUGAACAGUGUACAGUGACAAGUGCUAGAGACCACUCUGUGAUUCAGCCUCCCCCCGGAUACGAGAACUUUGCGAGGAAACCAACUGCAGCAACAUGGAAUCCAGCGUGGCCAUCGGUUCCGCAUCUUGGAGCAAUCGGAUAUCAGCCACCGAUCCAAUACCAAUCAACGCGAGGGGCUCUCCCGAACUCGUCUAGAUUGGAAACCCUUCCGGUACAUCAGACAUACCCGGAACCAACGACACAACCAAACCCUCAGCACGGGAUGGAUCAGCGUGGGCAAUGGCAGAAUUCGAGCCAAUCGCAACCUCGUCGAGUACCGAGACUUACAGCAGAGCAACUGGCCGCUCGCCAAGUUAUUCCGAAAGAGUUGCCCGUGUUUGCUGGAGAUCCACAGGACUGGCCGCUAUUCCUGAGUUCCUUCAACAACUCGACAGAGGCUUGCGGCUAUAACGACGCUGAGAACCUGGCGAGACUCCAACGAUGUUUACGUGGACAUGCGUUGGAAAGCGUGAGAAGUCGAUUGCUGAUUCCGGAGUCAGUUCCAUACGUGCUGGCAACCCUGGAGCGAUUGUAUGGCAGACCGGAAGUGAUUAUCCAUUCCCUUCUGAAGCGGAUGCGCGAAAUACCCUCACCCAGGGGUGAUGACCUGAAAACCCUGAUCAAGUUCGGAAUGGGCGUGGGGAACAUGGUGGAACACAUGAUACUAGCCCAACAACAUCAGCAUAUUAGCAACCCAAUGUUGCUGCAAGAGCUGGUAGACAGACUUCCGCCGACUCUGAAACUACAGUGGGCUUCCUUUAAGCGUAACUACCACACAGUGAAUUUGGCGACCUUCAACGACUUCAUGAAGGACCUUGUUACGAUGGCCAGCGACGUGACUCUCCUGACUGGUAUAGGACAACAGCCGGUGGAGAAGCAGGAGAAGCCGAAACGAGAAAGAGCGGCGAAGGAGAAGCUGUUCGUACAUCAAUCUUCAUCAAAUACAUCGGGGUCGUCUGGGACUGAAUCAAGUAACCCCACCGUCAAGCCCUGCGUGCACUGCUCCAAGACAGACCAUCGUGUUGCUGAGUGUCCAGACUUCAAGCGACUGAGUGUAGACGAAAGAUGGAAGGUUUUGCGACAAAAAGGGCUGUGUAGAAUAUGCUUGAUCCCUCAUCGUUCAUGGCCUUGUCGUUCAAAACAAGAAUGUGGAGUUGGAGACUGCCGCAUGCGUCACCACGCUUUACUACACCUGGCCAAGGUGCAGACUGGAACAGUUCCAACAUCAACGCCGACGGAAAGAAACAUCGUUCAUCAAAACCACCAUUCCGUUACCUCUUGUGCUUUGAUGCGUUACCUUCCCGUGACGCUGCACUACAACGGAAACAGCGUAGAGGUCUUCGCGUUCUUGGAUGAUGGAUCUUCAUCGACGAUGAUGGAAGCAGAGGUAGCCAAACAACUGGGUGCAGUGGGACCGGCUGAGCCGUUGUGUCUGGGCUGGACUGGAGAUAUUACGAGGAUCGAGAAAGAUUCCCAGCACGUCAAUGUCGCUAUUUCCGGGCACAACAUAGCAAACAUGUUCCCACUGAAGGCAAGGACGGUUGGCCAACUAAAACUGCCAAGCCAAACGGUGGAUUACGAGGAACUUUGUCUGGGUCAUCCGUACCUCAGAAAGCUUCCUUUGUCAAGUUACACCAGUGCUGUUCCUCGUCUCAUCAUCGGUGUAGAUAACGCUAAGCUGAUCAGUACACUGAAAAGUCGAGAGAGUAGAAACGGAGAGCUGGUCGCGGUCAAAACGCGGCUCGGAUGGAGCCUCUUCGGAAAACAUACCGUCGGUAGUAGUCCAGUAGAGUACGUGCACACGCACCAAGAGUUACACGGCGCAGACACGGAUUUACACAAUCUGUUCAGGCAGUUUAUGGCGGUCGAUGAAGCGAGCGUCAACCAGAGCCCACUAUCGGAACAAGACAAGACAGCGUUGGAGAUAUUACAGAAAACUACCCGAAGGAUCGACGGUAGGCUGGAAACUGGCCUGUUGUGGCGAAACGAUGAACCUUCCCUUCCGAAUAGCUACAGUAUGGCAGUCCGUAGAGCGGAAGCUCUGGAGCGUAAGCUGGCGAAAGAUGAGCAGCUACGAGAGAAAGUCAAGCAACUGAUUCAGGAGUAUGUGGCCAAAGGAUACGCUCAUCGAAUUACCGCUGCCGAGUUGGAAUCGUCAGAACCGGGUCGGGUAUGGUACUUGCCACUGGGGGUGGUGAGAAAUCCACGCAAACCGGAAAAAGUCCGUCUUAUUUGGGACGCUGCAGCCCGAUCAGAAGGUGUUUCGUUCAACGACCUGAUGCUGAAAGGGCCGGAUCUGUUAACAGCGCUACCAUCUGUUCUGCUGCGUUUUCGCCAAAAAAGCGUAGCCUUUAGCGGAGACAUAAAAGAAAUGUUUCACCAAUUCCGGAUUCGGCAAGAGGACAGACAGGCACAACGAUUUCUCUUCCGGGAGCACCCUGAAGAACCUCCACAGAUCUUCGUGAUGGAUGUCGCCACGUUUGGCGCUGCGUGCUCACCUUGCAUCGCUCAGUACCUGAAAAAUAGGAACGCAGAGGACUACAAACAGCAAUAUCCUGAGGCAGCCCAUGCCAUCGUCGAAAACCACUACGUGGAUGAUUUUUUGGAUAGUGUUGAUACGGUCGAAGAAGCAGUGGAGCUUAUCGAAGAUGUGAAACACGUUCACGCCAUGGCUGGAAUGGAGAUCCGGAAUUUCGCAUCAAAUUCACCUGCAGUUCUCGAGCGCAUCGGGGAAGUCAGCGAAGCUGAACAAAAGCUAAUCAAAUUGGAGUCGAUCGUCGAAAGAGUUUUGGGAAUGGUGUGGAAACCGGAGGAGGAUAUCUUCACGUUCGAGUUGGACCUGAAAGAAGAAGUACGGAACAUUGUGCUGAACAACACGACGCCUACGAAGCGCCAAGUCUUACGGACCAUAAUGUCUCUUUUUGAUCCGUUGGGUUUGGUAGCGCAUUUCAUAGUGCACGGCAAGUUAAUCAUGCAGCGCAUCUGGAGAGAAGGCUUAGACUGGGACGAAGCGAUUAGUGGCGAAAUACUAGAAGACUGGCGUAGAUGGAGCGGACUGCUGCUGAAGAUCAACGAAGUUGGCGUGCCAAGGUGUUUCUUCUCCGGUAAUAGAUCAGUAUGCAAUGGCGCCGAGAUCCAUAUGUUUGUGGAUGCCAGCGAAAAUGCAUACGCUUGCGUUGCGUACCUGCGAAGUUCCGAUAACGGGAUCCCACGAUGUACGCUGAUAGCGGCGAAGACGAAAGUAGCGCCGCUGAAACCGUUAUCCAUUCCACGGUUGGAAUUGCAAGCGGCUCUUAUCGGGAGCCGUUUACUGGACACCAUAUGCAAGGCUCUAACAAUCCCUAUCUCGGCACGAUAUCUCUGGACAGACUCUACAACGGUCUUGGCGUGGCUGAGGUCUGAAACACGGCGUUACCAUCAGUUCGUCGGAUUUCGAGUUGGAGAGAUUUUAACUACGACCACCAUCGGCGAGUGGAGGAAGGUUCAGUCAAAACUGAAUGUUGCUGAUCAGGCAACGAAGUGGAAGGACGGACCAAGUUUCAACCCAGAAGAUUGGUGGUACUCCGGCCCAAGUUUUCUAUCCGACACGACGGAAAAAUGGACUGAACAUACAUCGGAGGAUUUCGUAACAACGGAAGACAUGCGAUCAGCGUUCUUGCACCAUCGAAAGCUGCAUCCACCGUUCAUCGUAGCUGUCGAGAGGUUUUCCAAAUGGACAAGAUUAGUACGAGCUACAGCCUACGUUAUCAGAGCGGUCAAACGGUUCCUUGGCCUAAAGGUGAACGGACCGUUGGUGCAGGAAGAACUGCAGAGUGCGGAAACACUGCUGUGGAGGCAAGUGCAAAGGGAAGCAUACUCGGAGGAAUACUCUACGCUUCUGUACAACAAAGAACACCCUCGUGAAGAACCUCGGAAGUUGGAGAGAUCGUGCGCCCUGUUCAACAUGUCACCGAUGCUGGACAGCAAUGGAGUGCUGCGGAUGAACAGUCGCAUAACUGCAGCCCCUGUUGUAUCCACGGACCUGAAAUACCCUAUCUUUCUCCCGAAGGAACAUCGGGUAACGGAACUGCUUGUGGAAAGCUACCACAUUCGUUUCCUACACGGAAACAAGGAGACGGUAUUUAAUGAAUUGCGGCAACGUUUCCAGAUACCAAAACUCCGUUCGGUUGUAUCGAAGGUAGCCAAACAAUGUGAGUAUUGCCGUGUGCGGAAGGCGACUCCCCAAGAGCCAAUGAUGGCACCAUUACCCGAAAUUCGGCUAACAUCGUUCAUCCGACCGUUCACUCAUACCGGAGUGGACUAUUUUGGGCCUGUUUUCGUGAAGCAAGGACGUAGCACGGUUAAACGAUGGAUCGCUCUUUUCACGUGCCUGUCCAUCAGGGCCGUGCACCUCGAGGUGGUCCACAGCUUAUCGACGCAGUCGUGUGUCAUGGCCAUCCGUCGAUUCGUUGCGCGCAGAGGGUCUCCCGCAACUUUCUGUUCCGACAACGGAACCAAUUUUGUGGGCGCGAAAAACUUGCUUCGGAAACAACUUCGUGCGAUCGGAGAGUGCUGUGCAACAACCUUUACGAACUCUGACACACGAUGGCUUUUCAACCCCCCACUCGCCCCCCACAUGGGAGGAUCAUGGGAGCGUUUGGUGAGGUCAGUGAAGGCGGCAAUGUCGGCAAUUGCAGAUCAUCCUCGCCACCCCAGUGACGAAGUCCUGGAGACAAUAGCUCUGGAGGCAGAGUCCAUCGUGAAUUCCAGACCACUGACCUACGUCCCGCUGGAUCAUGUGAACCAGGAAGCACUGUCGUCCAAUCAUUUCCUGCUAUACGGAACGCAAGGCAUCAAUCAACCAAGUCGGGAUAUUGAGAAGGAGCAGGCACCACUAAGAGACAGCUGGAAGUUGUCGAAGUAUCUCGUCGAUACUUUCUGGACUCGCUGGGUCCGCGAAUAUCUUCCCACGUUGACACGACGUACCAAGUGGUUCCAGCCAGUGAGGCCACUGAAACCAGGGGAUCUGGUUAUUGUGGUAGAAGAAGGAAAGCGGAACGGAUGGGUUCGUGGAAGAGUGGUAGAAGUUCUAUCAGGGAAGGAUGGCCAGGUGCGCAGAGCAGUUGUGCAAACAGCACGAGGACUGGUCAACCGGCCAGCAACGAAGUUGGCGUUACUGGAGGUAAAAGGGGUGCCGAAAGACGAGCCAGAAGUACCGGAGUCUGGCGUACCGGAACUACACGGGCGGGGGGAUGUUGGCGAACCACUGUGCAGUUUUUCGAACUCGAAGGAGUGA